AUGACGGCAAAGAUGGCAGGCAAAAUGGCGAAGCAGCUUGCGGGAAGUGGGACUGGUCAAAGUUUUAUGGACAGAGUUACUCAGGCAAAAUACAGUUUGGCUGGGUCUGCUCUUGGAAAAGUUGUUGCUAAGGCUUCAACAGAGGAAUUGAUUGCUCCCAAACGGAAACACUUGGAAACUUAUGAAAUGUCUCUGUUCAUCCGCAAAUAUUCCAAAUAUUUGGCAGAAAAAACUAAAUCAUAUCAGAUGAUGGCGUUUGAUUUCUGUAAAGUUAAGCGUGGUAAAGACGAUGGUGUCAUGCGUACUAUGCCAGCUGAUAAGUUAUUGAAAGCACUUCCUGUUCUGCGGGAUCAACUUAACGUUCUCUUCGAGUUUGAGGCUACCGAAAAGGAUCUCAAUAAUCUGAUUAUUAACGCAGCAUUUAUCCUACUUUACAAGGAUCUCAUACGGCUAUUCGCUUCAUACAACGAAGGCAUGAUGAAUCUCGUUGAGAAGUACUUUUCAAUGAAGUCUUCUCACUGCAAGACUGCUGUUGAACUUUAUCGGGAUUUUCCUAAUGUGAUGACUAAAGUUGAUGAGUUCUUGACAUUGGCAGAGGUGGGUACACAUGUUUUUGAGACCAUUAACAUUUCAACAAUCACUGGCGAAUAUUUUGCUAUUACAUUGCUGCAGAGUCUUGGAAUUGGGGACAAGGAGUCGAUGGGAUUGCACCCUGUGCCUCCGCAAGUGCUUGAAGCAAUGGAACAGCAUCUUGCUCUCCUGAAAAAGAAGAAGAAGGCGAGUGCAGAUGAUGAUCAUAACGAUGCGGAGGAGGAGGUGAAGGAAACAUCUGUGAAGCCAUUGGAGUCUGUAGCCAAACGGUCGCCAUCAGCAUCGAACGUCAAGGUCAAUGCUUCACCGGCUCGACCGAAAUCGCCUGCUCGUCCAACCUCCUCACCGAGUGUACCAAAGCCAGCAACGCCAGCAUCAAUGGUUGAUAGUCUCCUGAUUGCAGACCUCGUCGAUACAGUGGCGACUGGUGAGACGGACACCCAUACGACUGCCAAGAUGCCGCCUGCGGAGGUCGUCGUCACAGGGCCUGAUGGCGAGCCUACUGAACCUUCGGAGGACGAGGAGCAGACUGCGUUGGAAGAGGAACAGGAGGAGGAGGGGGAAAAGGAGGUAGAAGAUGUAAGAGCAGAAGAGAGAGAAUGGGAAGAAGACGGAGGUGAAGGGGUGGGCUUGUCACCUGAACAGCAACAGGCCGUUAUUGCAGCAGCGACCAGUCACUUUGUCCAGUCAGCAGACCGCACCAACCAGGCUGUAAAACACUCAGUGACUCUCACUCCGCGCCAAACGCGAAGAUCUUGGUGGGUGUUUUUUUUCAGCCUGAUUGCUGAAUCCGGUAGUUGA